AUGCUUCCGCUUCGGCGCUUAGCCGCAGCGAAUCAGCCUCGAUCUUCUACAUCGAUCCAACUGCCGUUCGCGUACAGGAUGCCCGGUCGUGCGGCCAGCACACUGCGAGCCGCAUCGAUGCGCCCAUCAGUCAUGCCCGUCAUGAUGCGACGCCACAUGCAAACGCGUGCAUUGAGCACGCGCACAGGGGUACCUCGGUUCAUGCUCAAAGCUCUUCGGUUGCCGCUAGCUGGCGCUGCCACCGCUGGUGGGCUGUAUGCGUACACGAACAACAAAGUGGAUGAAAUGAGAAAGGCGGUCAACGGGUUUUUUUCUUCGGCGUCCGACAAGGCGUCAGAUCUGUACGACUCCAUGGCAGAGUACUCGUCCGGCAUGUUUGGAACUGCGCGUGACGGACUGCGCUCGUUUAUGCAGCGCUUGGAAGACAUCAAGAAGGCUGAGUUCUGGGAUCAACAGAGCAUCGGCAGGAGCAGUGAGGAGCAAGAUACGUUGUCCGAAGACAGCGAACAAGAUGGCAGCGGGGGGAAUGGCGGAAAUGGCGGGGGACUUGGUGCAGCUGCAGCUGCAUUGGCCGCUUCGCUCACGGGCACCUCUGAUGACGACGGUAGCGGCUCAGCUGGCGAGGAAGAUGGCGACUCUGAUAAGAACAGCGAAAAAGAAAAGAGCGACGAGCUCAUGGUCCUUACACGCAAGCUCAUAGAGGUGCGAAAUAUCCUGAAGACGAUCGACCACGAUUCCGACGAGCUUGUGCUGCCAAGCAUUGUGGUGAUCGGCUCUCAGAGCAGUGGCAAGAGCAGUGUCCUGGAGACCAUCGUUGGGCAUGAGUUCCUCCCCAAAGGUAACAAUAUGGUGACGCGUCGGCCCAUUGAGCUGACGCUUGUGCACGUCCCGAAAGACCGGCAGCCAGCCGACGGCAUCUACGAGUACGGCGAGUUCCCAGGGUCUGGUGGCGGCAAAAUCACCGACUUUGCUCGCAUCCAGAAGAUCCUGUACGAUAUGAACAUGGCCGUGCCGAAGGAGGAAUGCGUGUCAGAGAAGCCGAUCGAACUGCACAUCCACAGCCCGCACGUGCCAGAUCUGUCGCUCAUUGAUCUCCCUGGCUAUGUACAGCUCAGCUCUAUGGACCAGCCGGAAGAACUACGCGAGAAGAUCAAUGGCCUGUGCAACAAGUACAUCAAAGAACCGAAUGUGAUCCUGGCUGUCUGUGCUGCCGAUGUGGACCUAGCCAACUCUCCGGCAUUGCGUGCGAGUCGCAAGGUCGAUCCUCUCGGCAUGCGCACGAUUGGCGUCGUGACCAAAAUGGACCUCGUCGAUCCAGACGUAGGUGCAGCCAUUCUCAAUAACAACAAAUACCCACUCUCCCUCGGCUACGUCGGUGUCGUCUGCAAGCCGCCCCAGCAAAUGAGCCAAUCGCUCUUUGCAUACUCACGCAGCCGCUCGCUCAUUCAACUCACCCAGGACUAUGAGCGCCGUUACUUCAACGAACAUCGCGACGCUUUCGAGGCCCCGAAACGCGGGCGCAAUGCAGGUGUCGCUCCCAUGGUCGGUACAGAUCAACUGCGCAAGCGACUUAUGGUUGUGCUAGAAGAGCACAUGGGCUCCUCACUCUCGGGCGUGUCGAACCUUGUGCGGUCAGAGCUUGACGAUGCUGCAUACCAGUUCAAGGUUCAGUACAACGACCGCUCUAUCACACCCGAAACAUAUGUCGCAGAAGUUAUGGACGUGCUGAAACAGCGCUUCAAGACGUUUGCCACGAACUUUGGCAAGCCAGAAGUGCGGCUGCUGCUGAAGAAUGCCCUCGACGACAAAGUCAUGGACAUCCUGGCGCAGGUGUAUUGGUCCGAUGCCGAACUGCCGAAACUCAGUGAAAUGGGUGCGCAGCGCAAGAUCACAGCCGACGAUCUGGAUCCCUCGUGGAUGCAUAAGCUUGAUAUGUGCUCAUCAUCGCUAACGAAAAGCGGGAUUGGACGCAUGAGCACGCAGCUCGUUGCAAAUACAAUCCGCUCAUAUCUCGAGCAACUCGCGACGGCCGAGCCGUUCAAUCACCACGUUGAAACGGCUGAGCGCAUCAUUUCAUUCGGAAGUGCGCUGCUGCGUGACCGCUUUUCCAUCACGGCCGAUCAGGUGGAAAACUGUGUCAAGCCGUUCAAGUACGAGGUGGAAAUGGAGCCACGUGAGUGGGAACAAGGUCGUGAGCAGUCUGUGCGGCUCAUGCAGACCGAGCUAGACAUGUGCAAUGAGGCGUAUGAGCGGCUCAGAAAACUUGUUGGCUCUCGUCGGCUCCGUGGCGCAAUGGAAUACAUCCAUCAGCUCGAAGAGCGCGAGCGUAAGCGUGUCGCAGAGCGCAUGGAGCACACGAACGAGACAGGCGAGUAUGACCUCGCUUCCGACGACCAGAACGAUCCGACACGCCCCGGCUUCAAUGCAGCGCUGCUUAUGAAGGCACGCGAAGCUCGCUUCUUACAAGACCGUGCAGAUAUCUUGCGUCUCCGUAUGGCUGCCCUCAAGUCCCGUCGAUGCAAGGCAGGCCCCGUCUCCCAGGUGUUCUGCCCCGAGACAUUCCUGAAUGUCGUCGCCGACAAGCUUACGUACACAGCCGUCAUGUUCAUCAACAUUGAGCUUCUGGCCGAAUUCUUCUACCAGUUCCCACGCGAAAUCGACGCACGACUUGGGUAUGACAUGACCCGCGAGGAAAUGGUCAACUUUGCGCGGCAGAACCCAGUCAUCCGCAAGCACAUUGAUCUGCAGGAACGCAAGUUCAAACUAGAGGAAGUCAUGAUCAAACUUGAUGAGCUUACUCGUUUGUACAGCGAAAAGCAGCAGCCAGCGCGGUCUAGCUCAGCAUCAAAGUGGCUUUUCUUCUAG